AUGAAUACUAAAAAAGGUUCUGAUAUUGUUUCUCUUUUAGAGAAGUUCAGUGGAACAAAGGCAAUAUUUUGGGAUGAACAACUCACUGGCCCCAUUGGUUUGGUGGCAGAAUACAGUUUUCUUAAGGAACUAGAUGUUGUAAAAAUGUUCCAGUUAAAACCUGGGUGCUUGCCUUCCAUAUCUGUUAAAAAUAUACUGUUCAUCACAAGACCUGAAGUUGAGCUGAUGGAUUGUAUUGCCGAUAACUUGCACAGCGAAGAAAGCCAAGGACAUUCUGCUAGUAAGGAAUAUCAGUUAAUUUUUGUCUCCCGACGAAGUGCAGUAUGUGAACAGCGGCUCAAGGACAAAGGAGUGUAUGGAACUCUUACUUCUAUUGAUGAACUGCCUGUUGAUUUUUUCCCACUAGAUAGUGAUGUCAUUUCAAUGGAACUCGAUAAUGUUUUCAAGGAUUUAUAUGUUGGCAAUGAAAUCAGCUCCUUACACCAAAUUGCUCAUGGGUUAAUGUCCCUCCAAAGUUUAUAUGGCAUUUUCCCCAACGUUGUGGCACUGGACAAAUGCCAGGAAUCUGGAAAGAUCAUCGAAGUCAUUGGUGGACUUUACGAAAUCGGUGAAAUCAUCACCAUCAAAACUGCAAAAGCUUCAACAGAAAGGAAAAUCAAGAUCAUUGAUCAAUCUUACAACAAGGUCACGAUCACAAUGUGGAGUACGAUCGCUGAAAAGUUCAUCAUAGCGGUUGAAAAAUUAGAAGACGUCGUUGUAGGAUUUGCAGGAAUUAAAAUUUCAUCGUUUUCGCGUGAAGACGGCGAAAUUUUCUUAGAUUCCUUUGAUGACACUUUAGUAUCGAUUAACCCUGACAUUCCUGAGUCCGCAGAGCGAAAACGUUGGCUGAAACAACAAUAA